CCCAAACGUACCUGCUUUGAAAGCUCGCCAGAUCAGCAUGAAAUGAGCGUAUUACCGUUUUUACAUUUGAAACUAACUGCCAUUUAUUUUAAACUGGUAGCUUAAAACUGAGAAGUGAUUCCUGACAGCAUUUAUACCGAACACAAUUGCCGGGCAUUGUGCUCACCACAGGAAAAUAAGAUUAGCCUAAAGGAGCGUGCAAGUACGUGGAACAAGUUGUUUUCUAAGUCAUGGAGCUGGUGCAGAAUGUAAUCAACCAAAGUCAGGGAAGGGACCGUGUUUUCAGAGCAACCCAAUAUGCGUGUGCCCUGUCUGUGUAUGCUCUUGGAAACAACUCCCAGCGAAAGGAGCUUGUGAGCAAACUGAACCGUCUGGAGGCGAACAUGAGCGCUGGACGAAAGUUGUUCAGGCUGGGGAAUGCAAUCAGUGCCAUUGAGGCUGCCAAGCGAACCAUGCGACUCUCUGACCGAGUGCUUUGCGUGUGCCUUACCGCAGCCAACAUCAACCGUGCGCUCUUCUUUAUCUGCGACAACACGCUUUGGGCCGGGAGUGUCGGACUUCUCCGCCUUAUCGACAAGGAACGCUGGAGCGUUAACGCCUCGCGAUUCUACCUCCUCUCGCUCGUCAUGAGCCUGACCCGAGAUGUUUACGUCAUCUCCCAGUUAAUAGUGCAGAGGGCAAGGGAUAAGCACUUCAGGAAGAAAAUGAUUUCACAUCUCAACGAGAGUCCUGAGGUAGCUGAAGUCAUCAUCCCUCAUUGGGAUGCUUUUGUCUUUCUGCUGCUGCAGAGCUUCAAAUCCCACCCGCCCGUCGUAUUGGAUACCAUCAAAAACAUUUGUGAUCUGUCGAUGCCCUUGGACAAGUUGGGUAUCUACCCGUCAAAUGCAGGCAUUGUUUCAUUUUGUGGCUUAGUGUCCUCACUCAUCGGGAUUGUAACCCUCAUACAGCCCAAAUUGAGAAUCAAACCAUAAUCUGCUUUUCCUGGCUCAGACAAGUGUUGAUACCAGAGUUAAAAUGGGUAAAAUUACUGUGUUGCUAAGGUGAGGUGUAAUGUUGAUUUUAUAUGCUUUGCUUAGAGAGCGGACAAUCAUCAGAAUUGAAGGCUUCAAAGGGAGAAUCAGCUGUCACUACUUGAUUCAACACAAUUUGAGAUUUUUAACUGUUACCGUUGAUUUUGAUUAAAUGUAUUUAAUACACACCAAUAUUUAUGGAAUAGAAAGAUGAGGUUGUUGGAAUAUAUUUUCUUACAUAUGCUGUAUAGCAGCAAUUGAACUGACUAGUCGACGUGUCGAUAUUAGCACUGCACAAUGACGAUUACAGCUUGAAGUCGAUUAAUUACCAAUCUUGUUUUGGCAUUAACAACACGGAUGCCUUGCUGAAAUCAACAGGUCCGUCGCCGCAGCAAACUCACAAGCGUCUGGAAAUAUUUUACUAAAAAUGAGACUGCUAACACGAUCACUUGCAAUAUAAAAAUAUGCAAGUCUCUACUCAACUAUAAAAAAAAGCAAAAGCGCUAUGAGCACCCAUCUGAAAAAGAAUCCGCUAUUGCUAGAUGACAAACAGCCUAAAUCCUCAACAAAUUCACCAAACAGAGAGGAAGGAACAGUUAAUGACGCUAAAAACUAGUGUUUCGCUCAAUCCUUCAUCCCGCAGACUCAGCGAGCUCUUCUUCCACCUUACAAUCGCAAAUCCUACUCAUUCAUGGUCUCGCAGACAGUUGACUAUUAUAAAACUCUUUCAGCAAACUGUGUAACACAACUGCUGGUUCACUACAAAACAUUAUUGCAAUACUAUUAGCAAACGAUCUAGCGACCCUCCAGUCGUGUUAUGCGAAUUGGUGAAGGGUUUUACAAGUUUCGACUUUGUGCGAGGCCUUGAAGGUAUCUAAAUGUGAUUGGAUGCACGAGUCGGGGGUGGGGCCAUUGCGACCAAGGCAAAGUCAGUGAAAGAGCUUGUGUUUGGAGGUGAAAGCACACAGCGAGUUGGCAGUUGUAUAAAAAUGUCAGUGACAUCAUUGAUUAAUCGACUCAACUCUCGGCACCUUAGCGUCGACAACAAAAAAUCGUAGGUCCUUCAACUCCGACAGUAUAUAAGGUCACAUUUACGCUAACUGCAGCUUUUUUUAUUUUUUAUUUUAUAAAUAAAAGGGGUAUGUCCUGUCUAACCUUACGUCACGCCACUUCUCUGAUCUGCUCUGUGAUACAGUGGUGUGAAAAAGGUGAUGAAAUACAUAGUGCCAAAAGUGCCUCCAUAAGUUAAUAUUGAGGAUCCGGUCUCAAAUGUAAUUUGGAGCAGACCCAGAAAAGCAAUUAGUAAUUAGUCAUUCCAUUUUCUGUUUUUGUGAACUUUUACCUGAUUUAAUACAUUUUGUGUCUUAACACUGUGUUAGUGUUGUUUAAUACAUGUGUAAAUGACCUUUAAAACAUGGAAAGGAAAAUUCAGUAAAAUGACAAACAAUUUUUAUUUAAAGGAAGCGUUCGAAAGGUAUUUUGUCUCAUUCACACACGGACGUCUCCAUAAAUGUCACACUGUCCACGUACUCCAUUGAAAAUAGCUUUAUUUGCAAUUUUUCAUGAGACAACAAUACAUUUGUUUUCCUGAAAGCUUUUUCUUUUCUCAUGAAGAUGACAUUUGCAUAACACACUCUCCAUCAAAAAUUGCAAAAAUAUAUUCCAUUUCCCUUUCACCAUACUUGCAGGUUUUACUGUAGAAAGAAAACAAAUGACUAUGCAAAGAGAAAUCCCGUGAAGGAACAACAAAAUAACAUACAGAAAUAAAUAAGACAUUUGUUCUCCUCGGUAGAUCAUUUGCAGGGAUUUACGAUAGACAAAAUAUUUAACUUCACAUUUCAUUGUGUCAAUGUCAUUCCAGUACCAAAAAAGCACACCUGUAACCAAUGUGGAGAAAACUAAAGCGUUUCCUAGGCAGAAAUAACAAAACUCAGGACUCAUUCUAUUGUUUUGAAAAUGUAUGUAUGCUAGUUCCUUACAUUAGUCACUGUAUAACAUUUGUUUUAAAUGCUGGAAGGCUUCUCUCUAAACCUGGUGCUCUUAUUGCAUUUGACAAGGCAUCUGAUAUUAACUUCAGUACUCAACAACAUAGCACUUUUAUAGUGGCAACAGUGUGAAACUACAGACCCAAGUUCUUGAAUUUCCUUGUCAAUGAAAAGGCACCUUUUGUAUUGUGCUGCUGAGGAGUAGUAAUUAAAAAAAAAAAAAAAAAAAAAAAAACAUUCCUUCAUCACUUCUCUCAAAACCAACAUGGUACAAUCUUGGAUUUUCUUAUAAUUACUGAGUAAUCUUGCACUUUAAUUACACAUGUAUUGAACUAAAUUUCCUUGAGUGGUUGAUGGAAAUGAUGAGUUACUCUUAGCUUUGCGUCAAGAAAUGUGUACCAUUCUGUUUUGAAUGAAAAAUAUUUUGUGGAAUAUUAAUAAAUUGUCUUCUGAGCUGA